AUGGGGGCGGCAAAGAUUCUUGUGGUAGGGAGUGUUCAGGGCAACUUUAAAAAGGCAUUCGAGAAGAUUUCAAAACUGCAGGCAAAGCAAAAGUUUGACUUGGCCAUCAUUGUUGGUGAUGUCUUUGGUUCAACCACUGAUGAAGCCACUUCAGAUGACUUACAGGCGCUGGUCAAUGGUCGAAUUCACAUCCCACUCCCAACUUACUUUACAGUUGGCGAUUCAUCUUUUCCGGAUGUGGUCAGAGCCAAGCUCGAAGCCGACGCAGAUAUAUGUCCCAAUCUGCUCUAUCUAGGUCGCAAAGGAACAACUACCACAACCGAAGGUGUCAAAAUUGUUGUACUUGGAGGUCGUGAAAUUCAGAAUGAAAAUUCAGUGAGUGGAAAGCUUGGAAGUUGUGACCCGCAAUACCUUGAUAACGAUGCACGCGGUCUUCACGGUGCACAUUCCGCUCAUAUUCUCAUCACCAAUCAGUGGCCAGCGAAUAUCACAAAUGGAUCGAAGGUCGAUAUCCCACCGGCGCUGAACGAUCUCGUUGGUACGCAAUCAAUUUCCAACCUCUGCGAAGCCUUGAAGCCCUGGUAUCAUUUCUCAAGCAGCCCACAGAUUGUUUGGGAAAGAGAGCCGUUCAAACAAACUGCCGACUACGACUCUCUGGAACAGCCAGCUGUGACUAGAUUCAAGAGUCUUCCUAGCAUUACAGCGCCUACUAAGGAGUGGAUGUCGGCAUUCUCAUUGGAUACUUCCAGGCCCCCUACUACUAUUCAACCCCCAACCAUCUCACCAUUCAGUCGUGCGUCACCUCCACGCAAGCGACCAGCUGAGGACAAUCUCUCAUAUGAGCGCUACCCAGGAGCUGGCCGUCGGCAAAAGCGGCCUCGAAAUGACCGCAUCGACCCCAAUGACUGUUUCAUGUGUCUCAACAAACCGGAGUUCAAGGCUCACCUCGUUGUCUCGAUUGGGGAAGAGAGUAUAGUAACAGCUUCGCGGGGCCCACUGAGUACUAUGUCGACCUUUCCGCAGCUUUCAUCCUCUGGGCAUGUAAUGAUUAUCCCACACUAUCAUGCGGCAGAUGAGGCGGCGCAAGGCAAACGAUCGGCGGAAGAAGUCACUGCGGAAUUCAACGAAAUGAGCGAGUUCAUGCGCGCGUUGAAUAGAAUGGUAGGAAGCAAGAGUUUGGGACAGCUAGGAACGGUCUGCUGGGAGGUCAACCGCACUGGCAUUCGACAUCACCACUGGUCCUUGAUCCCAUGUCCGGCGGAACAGGUCAAGAAAGGGCUCAUCGAUGCAGCGUUCAAAGUAUCUCGAGAACAGCAGAAAUAUCCUGCUUUUGAAAAUUGUGAUCCGGACAGCCAGCUUCCAGUAAAGUCGGAUUAUUUUCGAGUGUGGACUUGGGUUUCCGAUCCCGUCGAGAUGGCAGAUCAAACAAAUGGCAGUGGCACAGAAAAUGCGGUUGGAGUGGCCAAGUCAAUGUAUUUUCCUCUUCCCGCGGAACAAAGGUUCAAUAUCUGGUUUGGUAGAGAGGUGAUGGCAGGCUUGUUGCAACUUGAGGACAGGCUGAAUUGGAGAGAUGCACUGCUAAGAAAGGAUGGAAGUGAGCAAGUGGCUGAGGAAGAAGAUGCGCAAGGAUUGCGGGAGGACUUUGAAGAAUUUGAUUUCGCCAUGAAAUAA